ACUCCAUUCUUUAGUUUUAUUAAGUUCUCAUCAUACAUCCAAAUGGCUUCCAAAGCAAUACUUGUUCUUCUUCUUCAUAUCGUUAGUACCGCUGCUGAUAUGUCUGGUGAUGGUCGCCGGCGGAAGCUUGAGGAGGAGCAUGGAAUGAGAUUCGAUUUUUCAUUCAGUAGUGGGUUCGAAAUUGGUUAUGUGUUUUCUUUAGUUUCAAUAGUAACCAUUUUUAUGUCGUAUUGUGUUCCCUGGCCUGAUAUCAAGCAGAUAAACAAGACGAAGAAAAACAUGAUGAAUACUCCUUCACUCAUGACUUUGUUAAUGGCCAGGCCUCAAAUUCUUGGAGAAAAGAUGAAAAACAGAAGUCUUCAACACUUUGUUGUAAAUUGCCAAUACCUGGGCGAACCCAACUCAAAUAUUUUAUGGCUCUUAGAUCAUUUGAGCUCCAAUACAACUGUUGACUUUGAGCUUAGACAGAUUUUAGUUCAGUAUUUUUUUUUAUUGGGUUUUGAAUCGUCACUAAUAAAACAUUACCAUAUUAGGAUAUAAGAGAUUUCAAUCCAAAUCUCAACUUUUUAUAACCUUAAGGAUUGUGAAUAAACCAACCAAAUUAAACAUCAUUGGUAUUUCGAACAUACUCCUCUCUAAUCUGUUUGGGAUUGUUCAUGGAAAAAACAAAAAAAAAAAAAAAAGUCUCUGUUGGGCUUAGAUCCAUUUAACUAAGAUUGAAACU